GUUCAACGCUCAACGCAAACGCACACCUCCACUCGCUACACACAAAUGUCUAACAUGUCUUACGAGAUCGCGUAUUCGCUCGCAGACGACGGCCCGCAGCCAGUCUCGCGUACUUAUCAAUAUCGCAAAGUGAUGAAGCCGAUGCUUGAGCGCAAAAGGCGCGCUCGCAUCAACCGCUGCCUCGACGAACUCAAGGAGUUGAUGGUCAGCGCUCUUCAGUCUGAAGGAGAAAAUGUUGCAAAAUUGGAAAAAGCUGAUAUUUUGGAAUUGACCGUUCGCCAUCUUCACAAACUUCGCCGUCAGCGCCGCCUGUCGCUGAACCCCACUGUGGAUGCUGACCGUUUCCGUGCUGGAUUCACUCAUGCUGCCAACGAAGUGUCUCGCUGCUUGGCUUCAAUUCCUGGUGUGGAUGUGAGGCUGGGCACUCAGCUCAUGACCCACCUGGGACACCGACUGAACGACAUGCAGCGCGCUGCUGCCGCGGCUGACACUCCUCCGGCCAGCCCACCCAGCCCUGCUCUGUCCACCGCCAGCUCGACCUCUGGAUAUGUGAGCCCUUCACCGCCUGCCUCACCAGUGCACAUGCACACUGCCACCCCUCUGGACUGCACCACCAGCUCGUUCAGCAAGAGCCCUGCAGUGUGGCGACCCUGGUAAGCAGAGUGCCCGGAGCUGGCGGACCCGGCUCCGCGGUCACAUCUGUUCCAGCACCGUCGGAGCCGCACGCGCGCUAUGUGUCCGCUAACGUCCAGAAACUAGUGAAACGUGUCGAGGAUAUCAACAUAACUUUAGAUCUCACAAUCAGUUAGCAUAUAAGUUAAAAUCAUAGAUCGUAAGUCCAAACUUGAAAGCUUUAAUAAAAAUUAGGUUGUAAGUGUACUUGUGAUAUUAAA